AUGGAUCUCCCGUGCCCGGAGUGGCGGGACCUCGUUCUCAGAAAAUGGGAGCGCUUAUCCUCGGCUCAGAAACGGGCGUUCACGUCAUCCUCGGAACCGAGCGAUAUUUUCAGCUUCUGCUUUUCAGUGCUGAACCAUGAAGAUGCUGAGUUUCUGAUCGGACUGUCACAGAGUCGCCCAGUACACAAGGACCCCACUGCCGCCAGGUCCUACAGAGAGCAGGGCAAUGCCAGCUUCAAAGAGCGCCACUACACCCAGGCUGCACUGCUCUACUCACAGGGGCUGUGCCAGGCUGCCCCGGGCAGUGAGGAGAGGGCACUCUGCUACGCCAACCGCUCAGCCGCACUGCUGCAUCUGAAGCACUACCAGGAAUGUCUGAAGGACAUCAGCCGAGCUCUGAGUUGUGGUUACCCCAAAAACCUGCACCCCAAACUGCUGGGGCGCCGGGCGGAGUGCCUCUCACGACUGGAGGGGGGCGGUGGGGAGGCUAGCAGUGGGGAGGCUAGCGCCCCCUGUCCCUCAGACACCACUGGAGGACUGACUCACAAAGUGACCACGGAGAGCCAGGGGCUGCAGGAGGAGCAGGGUCUAGUGCUGCUCCCCUCAGCCUGUCCCGCUGUGGCACUGCAGUUUGACCCCAGCAGAGGUCGCCACCUCAUGGCUGUGUCCAGGAUUGCCGCGGGGGAGGCCGUGCUGGAGGAGGAAGCUUUUGCCUGCGUUUUAAUCCCUGGAACAGGAGCUAAAGUGAGGCUCGAGAAACCAAAUCAAAAGGCUGGCACUGAGGACUGGCACUGCCACCGCUGUCUGAGCAAAGUGGUGGCCCCCGUGCCGUGCCAGGGAUGCUGCUACGCUCGAUACUGUGGGGAGGAGUGCCAGGGGCAGGCCUGGGAGGGGUAUCACAAGACGGAGUGCCCUUUAGGAGGUGCACUGCUCACUCUGGGGGUGCUGGCUCAACUGGCUCUUCGGGUGGCACUGGUGGCCGGGCUGGAAGAGGUGCUGGGGGCCCAGGAACAGAUGAGUGGGAGGGCUGCAGGACUGCGGACUGCUGUAGUGGGGUCGGCGAGUAAGCUCGGCUGCUCUGGGGGAGCAGCAGAGGAGGCAGGCGAGCUGAAGGGAACGGAUCCACUGGGAAAUGUUGGUGAAGGAUCCCAAGGUGUGGGUGCCUCAAAGGGGAAUGGCGAUUCCUUGCAAGAGAAAGAACUGUCAGAGAUUGACAAGACUCUAGCAGCAGAGACGGGGCCCCCAGCCAGGGCUGACCCCCAACAGGGUGGCCUGGACCCAGGCCGAGGUGUUGCAGCCCCGCUGGUCCUGCCUGGCUGUGACUCUGCAGGGCGCUACCUCGGCUCCUCCUACCUCUCAGUGCAUCACCUGCUACCUCACUCCCAGAGGCACAGCCCAGCACUGCGCUUCCUGUGCGGGGUUACCAUAGCGAUGCUGUGCCAGCGGCUGCAGGAGGAGGGGCCACUGCCGGACACCUGGGGCGGAGCCAAGAGCUUCAGCCAGCCAGUGGAGAAGGGGGCAGUGGGUGAGAGCAGUGCCCUGUCGCAGGAACAGCAGAACAGCAGCCAAUCUGAUGAGGACAGGGGGGAGAAUUCAGGAAGCGUGGGCCAGUCGGAGAAAGAGGAAUGCAGAGAGCCGUCCCCAGAGUUGAGCAUGCUGGGAACAGCGGCGCUAAGGCACAUGCUGCAGCUGAGGUGUAAUGCUCAGGCUGUGACAGCAGUAAGAGACUCGGGCCGGGGUCAAAGCACAGUGGAGUCCAGUGCUCAGGUUCGAAUUGCGACGGCUAUAUUCCCCACUCUGAGCUUACUGAACCACUCCUGCUCCCCCAACACCAGCGCCACCUUCAGGGCAAACACCGUCACUGUCCGAGCUUCCCAGCCAAUCGGAGCCGGCCAGGAGCUGCUGCACUGCUACGGGCCGCAUCGAAGCCGAAUGCCCGUGUGUGAGAGACGGCGCCUCCUAGAGGAGCAGUACUUCUUCCUGUGUCAGUGUGCUGCAUGCUGUGAGGAGCAGGGGUCAGAGGGUAAAGGUCAGCUGGCAGAGCUGCUCGGGGUCCGCUGCACUCGUUGUGGGUCACCUGUGGAGUCCAUACAGGGGAGCCAGGAGCAAUACUGCUGCUCCCAGGGGUCCUGUGGGCUCGCCCUGUCCCGACUAGAGCUCUCUCGAAAACUGCUGGGAAUCCAGGAAGAGAUCCAGAAAGCUGUGGAGCUGAUUGAGAGAGACAGGCCGGACCGAGCAGUGAAGGGGUUGCGGGCAUGCCAGGGGCGAGUGAAAGGCUUCCUGUCCCAGACACACCCAGUGCAGGGUGAGAUCGCCGACUCUCUGGCACGUGCCUACGCUGUCAUGGGGCAGUGGGAGCAGGCUGCAGCCCAGUUGAGCUGCAGUGUGGACGUGGUUCGCUCCCAGUAUGGGGAUGACAGUGUUGAACUGGGACACCAGCUCUUCAAACUGGCCCAGCUGCACUUCAACGGUCAUUCAGUCCCCCAGGCUCUGUCUGUAAUCCCUGAAGCUCAGCGGAUCCUGACCCUCCACUGCGGCCCUGCGUUCGAGCUGGUACAGGAACUUCAGGAGAUGGAGCUGUGUCUCCGGGGGGUGCUGUAAUCCCAGCGCACCGCCUGACCAAACCAGGGACUUCCUGCCAGCACCACCAGGAAGAGGCACACCAUGGCAAACUGGGCAGGCGCUACAGCCUCUGAAGAAGGCAUUGUGUCGACUGAUGGAAAUUUGAACUGCAAUGUGAACUAACAGCGCCACAAGCUGAUAUCACAUUCUUCCCCAUUUCAAAAGCACUGGAGGAAGAUCUGCGUUGCCUAAAAAAAUGUCCAAUUUGAAAGCGUGUUUCGUUUCUUCUUCCUUGUGGCUGAGCCAGUAAUGUGUUCCCCAGUGACAGGGAGAAUUAUUUUUGAAAGUGCUUUUUCAGGGUUCCAGAAAUGUCAAAAGCACUGCCAGAAAGUGGGAAGCGAAGUGCAGCUGGUCGUCCUGCGGAACGUGGCUUCAAGUGGAAGCAAGACAUCCUUCAGUUAAAAAUGCCACGUCGAAAAAGCAUGGCAUUUCCGACAUCUACUAGAGAGAGAUUGUUGCAGAGGGUUAGGUUACAAUGCAAUGGUAGGAAGCAAGGAGCCAGCCAACAAACCACACACAUUGUACAAAGGACCCUGCUUCUUUAUUAGGAACUCUUACAAAAUGCCAGUUAACAAGAACACAGCAGCCAAUCCUUAUUUCAUCUUAGUUUAGAAGAACUUUCAGCAGGGUUUAAUCCUUUUCUUAAUUUUUUUUUUAUUUGAGGGGGAAAAAAAACCAAAAACAGUUUAACCAAAUAAUCAAUAGUUGGCGACUCCAAUAGGCGGGAGUCAUUUCGUGAGAAGGAGAGGGGUAUUUAGAGAGAAAAAUAUAUACUUAUACCCAAUGUACAAAAAAAAAAAAAAACCUUUAGCAAUACUUGUGCAUAAUAUAUAUCUAUCUGUUUUGUCUUAAUGUAUGUGCGUGUGAAACAGAUUGGUGUGUAUGGCCACAGCGUUUCAUGAGUCCCAGAAGCCAGCUUUGCAGACAGGAAGGAAGAGCUGCAUGUUCAAAAAGCAGGGUU